AGGGGCCAAAAUACAUAUUUGGUCUGUUUGUUUAUUGUCUAUUUGAAAGGUCACUCAUACUGUUUUUUGGUCAUGUCACUUCCGUUUUUGAUUGACACAUGGGUGUGGUUUAAUCUAUACACCUGGGCACUCGGAUCGGCGGUGGGUAAGAGAGAAAGGGGGUUAGUGGCGUUCCUGAUUUAUAUUUUCUGUUUACCGUCAAAUCGUCAAAUAACCAAGAAUAAAUCGUCAAACAAGAAACAUCACUGGACUUGGAUUCAUUUGAAUGACGCGUAACUGCCUGGAGCCCACCUAAGCCUCUUAGCGACCUUUUAUAGGAAAACUGUCGCUACAAUUAGUAAACAGAAAAUUCAAUCCAUAAAACACCACGGCAUGGACGGAAUUCAACGUUGCUCUUACCGCUUGGAUCUCGAUGUUUUGCACUGAACGAACUAUGCAACACAUUGGACUCUUUUCCGCGGAUGCCUUGGAUCAGAGACAUAAGUGACAGCAGCGCAUCACAGCCAUCGGAAACGGUAUGUUGGUUGAUCCUCCUGUGUAUUUGUUUGAAGUUGAACACAGUUUGGAGAGGCUGCCGUUUUGUCCAUUGGGGACUGUUUGUUUGGGCUUGUGUUGCGCGUGCUUCGUUUGUCGCGAUCGGCAAUUGUUUGGGCUGAUUUGACUGUGUGGUGAGCAGUGGCCGCCGUGCUGUGCUGUUGUGUUGAAAAUCGCAUUGUGGCUGUUGCUCAGUGCUUUGGUGAAUUGUGCACGUUGAAAGUUCACAUAAUGAGUGACUCAAAUGAAAUGGAAAAUACGGAGAAGAGAACGGUCAAGCUUACAGCCAAAGCGCUGGCUUGCAAAAUGGAAACUCUUCAAAAGCAACGUCAAUCUAAUGUGACAAAAAUGAAAGCACUCUCACGCGAAAUUAAAGAGCUCAUGAAAAAUGAUGAAAAUGCAAAGAAAGUGCAAUUCAAACUGAAUGAACUCAAACAACUGGAUGAAAAUGCAAAGGCAGCACAUGAGUCAGUGAUUGUUUUAUUUCCCAAAGAGGAAAAAGUAACACAAAAUGAGUGGUUUGGACGCAUAAUAAAACAUAACACAGACUUCACUGAUGAUGUAAAAACAUGGCUCUCUGAGACUGAAAGACACUUUCAGCAAGCAAGAAAUGUGACUGCAGAUGUGUUUGCUGCACAAUCAGUCAACUCUCCCAUUCCACCUGAAGAAGAGGCACCUGUUGCACCUGUUGAAUUAAAGGAAGAUAUACCACACUCUGAUGUUCCAACUGCCAUUCCUUCUCAACAGAAUAAAGCAAUAUCUGACAUGCAGGAUGGAAUUAAACCAAGUGACAGUGUGUCAAAUGUUACCAACAGGAGUCACAAAUCACAUUCUUCAUGCUCAAGAUUUUCCACCACCUCAUCUGCAUGCAUCAAGGCUGAGGCUGAAAUGGCUGCUCUUAUUGUAAAACAACAAAUGCUAAAAGAUAAACAUGCCAUAGAAGCACAAGAGGAGCAGCUAAGGAGGAAAAAAGAGCAACUGGAGCUGGAUGGAAACCUUGCUGCUACAAUGGCAAAAAUGAAGAUUCUUGGAGCCUCAAGUAGAUCUGGUGUGUGCAGCCACAGAUCAAGAGUGUCGGAUGGUAUGAACUCGUAUAUGGAGAAAAAACAACAUGAAAAGAAAACACAAAUGACUGCCACUGCUGACGGAGACAGUACUCAAACCCAAUCUCUCCCCACAGUGCCAGUGACAGUUCAGUCAAAUACAUUAACUAUGGAUGCACAUGUUACAAUACCAGCCACAUUGCCUGCUCCUAACAAUGGUGAACAGAGCAACAUGCUUAGCAUCAUGGAAAAGCAAAAUGACAUCACUGCAUUAAUGGUCCAACAACAGUCUCUCUCUUUAAUGCCCAAGAAGGAGAUUUGUCGUUUUUAUGGUGACCCACUUCAAUUUCAAACAUUCAUAAAAUCCUUUGAACACAACAUUGAAAGCAAGAACCCAAACCCCACAGAUUGUCUUUAUUAUCUGGAACAAUAUACAGAAGCACAACCAAGAGAAAUGGUGAGGAGCUGCCUUCAUAUGACAGCAGACAGAGGAUUCAGGAAGGCAAAAUCUUUACUGCAGGAGCACUUUGGCAACGAGCAUAAAAUUGCUACAGCCUACAUGGAGAAGGCUCUUUCAUGGGCGUCAAUUAAACCAGAUGACACAAAAACACUACAAGCAUACACUCUGUUUCUAAGAGGAUGUUGCAAUGCCAUGGAAGAUCUCAACAACAUGCAAGAGCUCAACAUGUCAGCUAACCUGCUAAUUAUAAUUAAGAAGCUGCCAUAUCGACUGAGGGAUAAAUGGAGAUCUGUGGCAUGUGAUUUUCAGGAAAGGUACAAACAAAGGGCUACCUUCAGGGAUCUGGUCAAUUACCUUGAAAAACAGGUGAGGAUUGCAACUGAUCCAGUAUUUGGAGACAUCAGAGACACUCCAACACCAAGCAAGGAUGGAAGAAGUUUUAUGUCAAAACCACCUCAUCCAAGAAUCAAAGGAAGUACAUUUGCAACCACUGUGACAGUUGCACAUGAGAAAAAUGGAAAUGGACCGAGGAAAAUGGAGAGUUGGCCGGCUGUAAAAAGGUGUUUGUUCUGUGGAGGUGGACAUGCUUUGGAGGUGUGUUUCCUAUUGGAAAAGAAAGCACAUCAUGAGAAAAUCACUUUCCUUAAAGAAAAUGGAGCCUGCUUUGGUUGUUUGCAGAUAGGACACAUGAGCAAGGACUGCAGGAAGCGACUCAGCUGCAACAUAUGCAAUUUGAAGCAUCCUCAGAUGCUGCAUAUCCACCAAAGGAGAUUUGAAAUGGACAAACAUCAAGCUCAAACAAAAGAAGAAGCUGACAUCAGAGCCAUAGCCUCGGUACAGACAAGUGGUCUUACUGGGGCCGGUGAAGACAAUUGCAAACUCUCAAUAGUGCCUUGGCCUGCACUUUCUCCAGACCUGAAUCCCAUAGAAAACCUAUGGGAUCAUCUGAGUCGCCGUGUAGAGGCUCGUAACUCUGUACCCCAGAACCUCAAUGACCUGAGGGCCGCCCUUCAAGAAGAGUGGGAUGCCAUGUCUCUGCAGACAAUAAGUCGUAGUGUGAACAGCAUGAGAUGUCAUUGUCAAGCUGUAAUUGAUGCUCUAGGCCAAACGGCAAGUUAUUGA